AUGAGCGUUGAAUUGUCGAGGAACAGAUCAGAAGAUGCGGAAGUUUGGGAUGAGAAUGAGAAUGAUGAGAUAAUAGAGGAGUUGCCUGCCAAGAAAAAGAGCAAGAGAUCGUCGCUGGCGUGUACACGGUGUAGGAGGCGACAUAUCAAGUGUCCUGGGGGCGAGCCGUGCUCGAAGUGCUUGAAUGCUGGUGUUGCGUGCGAAUACGUUGAGCCGAAUAAGAAGCUAAUUGUUUCUAUGAGCUAUUUGCAAAGGCUACAGCACGACCUUACGACGAUGAAAAAGGAGAAUGUGAAGCUACAGGCGUCGCUGAGCGAACGGAAUACGCGACUGCAGGCUCUGGAGCUGCUCAAGAAACAAUUGAGACUGGCGUCUUUGCAGACAAAGAAGAGCAGCAGUACCAGCAGCGAUAGUUCCGGGUUUCAACCGAAUCAGGAUAUGCGGACAUUGCCCGUGGCGCAACGUCAUGAUAAAGAUGUGAUUUUCCAGAAGAACAGCGUGCAAGAUAACGAGGAUGAGAUAGUGCCGAAUUUCGCGGAAAGAAGAGGCCGGCUCGUGGAAUCAAGAACAGGACAGGAGUACUUUGUUGGUUCUUCCUCGAUGACGCUGUUCGGGAUGGAGAUCCUGUCUCUCAUUCCAGAUUCCUUGAAGAAGAAACAGAAACAGGCCAAAAAGGGCGAUUCGCCCUCUUCUGGUGAGCAUGGCCGUCACUCUUCUAUGCUUCAUGCGCAACCAGCUAACGACACGGCCAAUUACAUAUCGAAUGAGCCGGUGGACGAAGUUCUCAAAGAAGAGGGCAAUGCCUACAAGAUCGUGCUUGCGAAAAACGACGGUAACAACGAUAUCAGUGUGAACUUCACGCUGCCCACUUAUUCAUACGCGAUGCUGCUCAUCGACACUUUUAUUACGUACAACGACGGAUGCUUCUAUUUCUUUAACGAGGGUGUCGUGAAACACAAUUUGAAACAGACAUACGAUGGUAUCAAUAGUUUCGAAGACCAUACUUUGCAAACCAUCUGGUUUUGUAAAGUGUUAUUGAUCUUUGCCACAGGAGAAAUGUAUCUUGGCACUGCAAAUCACAUCAAUGGGAAUAAAUUGUCAUCCAAAGAGACACCUAGAUUACCUGGUUCGGGAUUUUUCGAACAAGCAUCAGAGAUAUUUAGCUGUUUGUUUUCUAGCGGAAGAGUAGAAAACGUUACGAAGGAAGGAGGCAUUGAAGUCAUGUUAUUAUACGCUUUCUAUUUACAAGUGGCCGAUUGCACCGUUGCUUCAUACUUCUAUUUUGGACAAGCGCUAAGAGCUUGUUUAAUUCUGGGUUGGCAUGUAGACGCACAAAGGGAUUCGUUAACCCGUUUCGAACUGGAACAUAGAAGAAGAAUAUGGUGGACUGUUUAUAUGUUUGAACGAAUGCUAAGUAGUAAAGCUGGCCUUCCACUGUCAUUCACAGAUAAUACUAUCACUACAGAGCUUCCAGAUGACUUUGAUAUGUCAAAUCCUCCUCCAGAUUGUGAAAGCUACGUCUUCCCCGAGGCAGAGUACAUCACAAACUGUGUUAGAAUCACCCAAAUAAAUGCUCAGAUUCUAAAUAAGAUGUACCAAAAACAGCCAGAUUCAAAUAUUCUCCCAGUGCUAAAAGAUAUCGUGACCCAGUUAUUGGAAUGGAGGACAAACCUCUCCGAUUUUUUGCAAGUUGAUUUCACGCAAAAAGAUCUAAAGAUAAGCCGUCUUUGUACAAAUGUUUUCACAGAGUAUUUCCAAGGUAUGAACUUGGCAAUUAGGCCGCUACUUUUCCAUUUUGCUUCAAUUCAACUCAAACAAUUUGAAAUCAAUAACGCGUAUAUUGAUCUCAGGAAUUAUUCACGUACUAUUUCCUCCUUAUUAAAUUGCUCUUUGCAAGCAUCUAUUAAUACAAUAAGGUCUUUAUGGGCUUUAAUGGAUCAAAAUAUGGUAGCAUUAUUUGGUUACAUGGAUAGGGAAUAUAUUUUCACUUCUGCUUGCACGUUAAUACUAUUUAAUGCAGCCUUCGGAAUUCAUGACCAAACCUACCAACAUCUCGACCAUGCACUGAAGAUUUUCACCAAGAUGAGAAACCUAGGUAAUAACCCAGCUGGUUUGAGACGUGCCCAACUUCUAAAACUAAUGUCAACCUUGGAUUUUCAUGGUCAUAUGUCCGAACUAAUACUGAAACACACUGAUAAAUUGAAACCUAACUUCCAGUAUGACGUUCACGAUGACAGAAAUGUUAAGAUAGUGUCUCACGUAUCAACUGGAUUCUCAUCAGCUGGUGGUGCAAAUAAUUCGAUAUCUCAGUCCCAGUCGAACGAAAGUCAAUCAAAUAUCCACGCUGUUGAAACCAAUGCAACUCGUUUGGAUUCGUUAAACUUCGAUGAGAAUUCUGAUAUUCAAAAACUUCUUGAUAUCUUAGAAAAUGUUGGCAAAUCUGACGAUAAGCUAUGGAAGGAAAUCAGCGACCAAGCAAUGUGGCUAGGUAGCACGAUGGAUUCGAUACAUCCUGCCCAAACAGAGACGAACUUAGGUGACUUUAAAGCUGAAGAUUUUCUAUAG